CCUCGACGAAUCCCAACGUUUUCCUCUACUUUGCAUAUACGGGAAAAUGUCAGCUUCAUCACGGUCGAGAGGUGGUGCCCGACUAUUCGACCUUUCUUCCGAUGUCAAGAAACUCUUGACGAUUGACACAUUUAAGGGAAAUGUGUCAACCGAUGACUUUAUGGAAAAAAUAUCGAGCGACUUAGUGAGCCAGUUGAAAGAUCAAGCUGGUGCAGCUGCAUUCGAUCCAAAACCGUUCGUUCGAACCUUUGAGAAUGUGCUUGAAGAACUAGUACAGCUUCGGACACGAGUACAGGAGCAGUGCGACGAACUAGAAAAUUCAACACAAAUUGUUGAGCAUCAAUAUAAACAAGAUAUUGCGGAUAUGCAAAGCGCGUUCGAGGAUGUUUAUCGCUCAUACGAUAGUUUAGAAAGUCAUAUCGGUGACGUUGGAAACACAGCAAUUCGGAUUGGUGAACAGCUCGAGACAAUCGAUAAACAACGGUCAAGAGCAUCCGAAAGUCGCGACAUUAUCGAAUACUUUAUGGAGUUCCAAGAAGGCAAUUCCGAACGAUUAAGUCUGCUAUGUGAAGGUGGCGAUGAGGGUCAGCUUAAGGCUGCAAUCAUCUGCCGACGUCUCAAUGCUGUUGCCAAGGAGGUGGAUAAUGAUGUGAAGGCUCGUAUAGGCAUCGAGAAGUUUUGUGAAAGCUUUGAAAAGGAGAUGCUCGAAGAUUUUGAUCGGGCAUACAAAGAAGGCGAUCCGCGUGUCAUGGCACAUCGGGCAAAGGUUUUAUUCGAGUUCAAUGGUGGCGCUUCUUGCGUGCAGACCUAUGUCAAUCAGCACGAAUUUUUCAUAUCCAAUAAAAAGAUUGAGGAAAUGGAGGAACUACGGAGAUCCGAAGAUAAUUUCGAUCUGUCAAAUCCGAAUAUCCCACCUCCCGAGGUUGAUACAAGUUUAGUGAAACUAUACGAUGAUAUCCGUAUUACCGUGCGUAAAGAGGCAAACAUCAUUUCAGCCGUGUUCCCUCAGCCUGCCACAGUCAUGCAAGUUUUUCUCCAACGCAUUUUUGCUCAAUCUAUCCUAAACCACGUCGAACUACUACUCUCACGAGCAGAACGCUAUUCCCAUCUGGCGUAUUUGAGAACAUUGGCAUCCACUCAUGCAGAGACCAAACGUCUGAUAGAUAACCUCAAGUUUUACUGCGACAAGGAAGCAAAGUUGACAGAUGCUGCUGAUGCAAGCGGGCUACUUACAUCGGCAUCGCCUGAGGAAGCGCUGGAUCGCUGUAUGGGCGACUUGUUUGUGCCCUAUACCGAAGCCGAUCGCUACUUGACACGCGAAAAACAGGCACUGAACGAGCUGUUUGGUCGAAUUAUCGCAGAGUUCUUAAACUACAUGCAAGAACGCAAAAAGAACUCUGCGCGAAACCAAUCUGUGUUAACACGUACGCUCAACCAAAUAUCAGCAUCCACUUCAGGUGCAAUGUUAUAUCCAACUUCACCAUCCACGCCUUCGGACCAACCAGCGGCGGCAACGUCGACCAAUCCGUUCGAGCGCGGUUUUGACGGAGGAUCACCGGGCUUUACCGAAAACGGGGGACGAAAUGCCGCCGCUGGUGGUGCUGGUAAUGGAGGCAUGAUGGGCGGUGUGGCUGCUGCUGACAGCGGCAAUCUGAUUACGGUCGAUGACGAUGGGUUUAAACUACUUUCACGCGAUGCUAUCAUGCGGAUGCUAAACAUUCACGCGGAAGCCAUCGUGCGUUGUAUGGAGCUUUCAGAUACACAAGAUUUGCCGACAUCCAUCUUAUUCCUAUACAGCGUGUUACUCGAUUUUAUUGGCACGAAAUACCUUGAUAUUGCUUUGGAUGAUGUCAUUGAAGAACUCGGAAGCAAGGCGGAACCCGAUACAAGCUGUUUUGCAGUAGUUUCCACGACUACUAAAGUGAUGCAAUUAAUGCAAAAGCAUUUCCAAACUGCAGUGCUUCCACUCGUGGUGGGAACACCAUCUGUCCAUCGAAAUGUACUUGGAAGCAAAAACAAAUUCAUGGCAGCUUUAGAAAACAAGGCCAAUGAUGUGCUACGAAAGGAACUGGAAAGCAUAACAUCAUGGCUUAAGGAACUUUUAUCGCUUCAAAAACGAAAUGAUUUCAGGCCCAAGGACGAAGAUGUAAUAAUGAUGAGCAUGGGAACACAGCCUUGUGUUCAAACUGUUGACUUCAUAACGCGUAUCUACCGCGCCGCAUGUAAAUCACUACAAGGCAAAAACCUCGAAACGUUCUUGUUCAAUAUCGGUCAAAAGCUCCAUCUAAUGCUGCUUGAUCAUUUCAAGAAAUUUUACGUCACACCGACGGGAGGUCUUUUGGUGUCCAAAGAUAUCUCCAAGUAUGAAGAAGUCAUCCAGAUGUUCAAGAUACCCGCCCUCAACGACUUGUUUGAGAUGCUACGACAACUUGGCAAUAUCUUUUUAGUGAAGCCCGAGAUUCUCCGCUCGAUUCUUUCGGAGGGGUAUCUAGCCCGCCUAGAUCCCAGCAUGCUCUAUCCGUACCUGGAAAAGCGUGUGGACUUUAAGAGUGCCAAGCUGGAUCGCAUUCUGGGUGUUGUCGACGAAAAUGCUGCUACGGCUGCACCAGCAGACAGCAAGGCACAACGACGAUCGCUCUUUGUCAAUGAAAACACAGUGCUCAAGGAAAUGCGCAAAAACUACAACCGCGACUUUUUGAACCAGGAAUUCAUUGCAGCUUUUAAAAGCUAAAUAGCAAAGGCCUUAUUAAUCGCACCAACCAACUAUAAUGGAAUAGAUGCUACGCUAGUUACCAUCUUUUUUUAUUUUUUCUGUGCAUAACCGGUGCUGCACAUGCACACCUAUCCCUCCCCCUAUUUCUUACUCUUUCUUUCUUUUUUGCAUAUAACAAAAAGCCUCCUUUAUUUUUUCUACCAAUUUCAAAGCAUCUCUUAACGCCACUUAGUGUGUGUGCCAAGGUUAUCAACCCCUGGAUAUAUAUAUGUGCGUAUUGCCUGUGAAAAAGAUCCCCGAGUCAGCAUGGAAAAUUCCAGCGGAGUAAUUUGAUAUUGGGUUUA